GCAUCGAAACAUUGAACUAAACUGGCCAUUUUCACAUGCGUAUUGCUCCACCAACAGGAGUGCAUAGUCUUGUUGAGACGUUUCAUAACAAUAACUUAGAAACAACAUCGUUGAGACAGCAGUUUUUGUGUGAUAUCUUUUUUUAUUAUUCAUUUAACCAAUCCCUUUGUUCACGGUCUUGUCAAGACUGAUAGCUACUAGUUAGCUAGCUAUCGCCGCGCUAAAGAACCCUGAACUAGCAUGUCCGUGAAACCCAGCGAGGACCAAGGUUCGGAGGGGAGGUGGUUUGAAGAGGAUUUUGAGAAGAUAGACCGCUUUGGAAGUACCGUGCCACGGUUCGACCAGCGACGAGAUGAAUUGCAGCCAGAAAACUGGGAGGAUGAGAGCCCAGAACAGAAACAAAGCCUCUAUGAGCCGGAGAGCAAUCGGCAACGGCCCUCCGUUGCCAUGGAAACUGCAUCUACAGGGGGAAACACAUCACUGUUUGACUCUCUGACUUCUAAAGGUGACUCAGACAUGGACUUGCUAAGGAAGUCCACAGAUAAUGACGGGGACCUCUACACCUCCCUCCUCUCCAGCCAGAACUACUCCUUUCAGCAGGACACCUCCUACUUCUCGGGGGACACGGCAGGGGAGGCACAGAAACGCACCGCCGCCGCGGCCCGGGACCGGGUACCGAGCCCGGAGACGCACGGCACGUUCAACUCCGACUCGGGCAUCGAGAUGACCCCCGGCGAGUCCAUCGACGUAGCCAAGAACCUGCUGGAGACGGAAAAGAUGGACGGCUACAACUACAUGGACAUGAGCCGCGGGGAGGAGGCCCGGUCCCAGCAGGGUUCGGCCAGCGCGGGGAAGUACCUGGAGAAGAGCCUCUCGGGGCCGGUGGAGACCCUGGGCCCGGCCCUGGACUCGCACUCCUUCCCCUACGUGGAGGACCCGUCGGACGAGGAGCUGUCGGACUACCAGUCGUACCGCGUGCUGGGCACCCCUCAGACUGCCAGCCCCAUCAAGAUCACCCUGACGGAGACGCCCGCGGUCCCCCCCUCCAAGCCCCGCCCGCAGGUGUCGGAGCGGGACAGCAUCCUGAGCCUGGGGCUGGAGGGGGUGCCCACCGUCACGCUCUCCGAGCCCGAGGACGACAGCCCCGGCUCGGCCACACCGCCGCUCGAAGAGGAGUCCCCCGACCCUCUGUUCCACGCCCGUGAGGUGAAGCCCGUGAGUUUCGGCGCAGCCCCACCCUCCUCCGGCUCCCUCAGGCAGCCCGGCGCCCCGGCCAAAGCCAAGAAGACGGGCUCGUCCAGACCCCGCGUGUCUCACGACGACGGCAGCAGCGCCGAGUCGGGCGACUCGGAGAUCGAGCUGGUGUCGGAAGACCCGCCGCCCCGCCCGCUGCCCCCCAGCGCCAGGUACGCCAGCUUCGGCCCCACCCCGGCCCCGCCCCCCGCCCCCUCCGUCCAGUACAGCAUCCUGCGCGAGGAGCGGGAGGCGGAGCUGGACAGCGAGCUCAUCAUCGAGUCCUGCGACGCCUCCUCGGCCUCCGAGGAGAGCCCCAAGAGGGAGCAGGACUCCCCCGCCCCCAAAGCCCGGGGAGCCGACGCCCCCACGGCCUACUCCUUCACCUCAGCCCCCACCCCCACCCCAAUCCCCGCCUCCGCCCCCGCCCCCGUAGAGCCCCCGGCCAGUGCCUCCAGAGAGACUGAGGCCAACAAGAGCAAGAGCUCCAUGGGCGAGGUUGCACCCGCCAAACCCAAGGCCCCCGCGGCGGUGGUGCCCCCGGAGGUGCGGGUGGAGCAGCCCCCGCCUGAGGAGCCUGGCUGGAGGAUGAGGAGCGCCAGCGACGGGAAGAGGGAGGCAGAGGGAGGGACCGCAGCACCACCCUUCAUGCUGGGCUUCAGCAAGCAGAAAGCCAUCGACCUGCUGUACUGGCGGGACGUGAAGCAGACGGGCGUGCUGUUGGGCAGCGUGCUGCUCCUGCUCUUCUCGCUCACCCAGUUCAGCGUGGUCAGCGUGGUGGCCUACCUGGCCCUCGCCGCGCUCUCCGCCACCGUCAGCUUCCGCAUCUACAAGUCCGUGCUGCAGGCCGUGCAGAAGACCGACGAGGGACACCCCUUCAAAUCCUACCUGGACAUGGAGAUCUCUCUGUCUCAGGACCAGAUCCAGAAGUACGCAGACAACGCCCAGCUCUAUGCCAACACCACCCUGAAGGAGCUUCGUCGGCUCUUUCUGGUGCAGGAUCUGGUGGACUCGCUAAAGUUUGCAGUGCUGAUGUGGCUGCUGACGUAUGUGGGAGCUCUCUUCAACGGCCUGACCCUGCUCAUCAUGGCUGUGGUGUCCAUGUUCACUAUGCCUGUCAUCUAUGAGAAACACCAGGCACAGAUUGACCAGUACCUGGGACUAAUAAGGACCCACGUCAACUCUGUGGUGGGAAAGAUCCAGGCGAAGAUCCCGGGAGCCAAGCGGAAGGCGGAGUAGGCCCGGUCUGGCCUGGCAGAGGGGUCUCGGGGCCCCGCACAGGGACAGAGGGACGAUGGCCGGAGGGCCCCCACGUUACCGGAGCGUAGUACUAUCUGUCAGCACCGUGGUGUUCCAAACUAAAGUUAAAAAAAAGCCGCUCAAGCACUGGAGAAGCCCCUACCCAAGCUGUCUCCAUAACUGUAGAGUAAACUCGCUGAGUCACACACAUCAAGCACUAACGUCUAGUGAAAAAAACAAAAAAAACAAACAAAAAAAAGAACUAGAUGCGUUUUUUGUGUUGCUUCUUAAAUGCAUGAAGUAAAGAUCCUUGAGUAAUAUUUGAUAUAUUUUAAGUGUUUCUUUCUGCUACUUUUUCCAGCCAUGCUGAUGACUGUAACGUCGCAUAGCAGCUUCUCCAGCUUUAGUGCUCCGCUGCCAUAGUUACGACUGCUUCCUGUCACCUGGGCGCUGGUGGGGCUUCUCCUUUCUCAGUGUCUGUUUGUGUGUGUGUGCGUACAUGUACACACACGCCUAUAAAUAUCACAUAGACUUGUGGACUAAUGGUUUUUUUGGUGUUUUCCAGCACAAAUAAUUAAACAAUGUACUUAAUAGGUAUGAUUACUGUAGCAUUUGGUUUUGUAUAACUAUAAGGGACUACACAAACUCUUGUUUAUAGGUACUGUUGUUGAACUACUAAAAAAGAAAAAAAAAAGAAAAAAAGGGGGGAAAAAGAUCUCUGGAGUGAGACUGCCAGCUUGUUAAACCUGUCCAACUUUGUACUGUUCAAUGUAGUUCUUAGUCCUGGACUCUAUUUGCACUUAUGAUGUACCCAUUAAUGAAUGCAAAAAUAAAUGUUCCUAAAUGUA